AUGGACAGAAUUAAUCUCCACAUCUCGAAAAAGUUGUGGAGGAUAGAAAUCGUGAUGCUGUUGCGCGGCUUGCGCCUAAGCAGAAGGAGCUACUUAACCAUGUUGAGGUCCUUGUCAUGGAUUGCAGCUGAGAUCUUCCUGGGGCAUUGGGUGUGGAAGAGGAUAUGGUGGAUGGCUUUGCGGUACAAAUUGGAGAUGUUGAAGGACCCGCUGAGGGCUUUAUUGAUCCUUUUGCACCUGAGGACACGGUCCCAGCCCAGGCCACGAGGAUCGGCCCAAGGGUUUCAUAAAUGGGAGGACAGGGAGCUGCCGUGUUAUGUCACCAGCUUCAUCACCAUAGUUAUCCUCGGAGUGGGCCUCAACGCCAAGACCGAUCACACGAGAAAUCCUUCGAGCUGGAAUCUGCCCAGCCUGUUGAGUCCGAUUGAAGUAGCCAGAAAGGUCUUAUUGACUUUGCCUAACCAGUGUGGGUCCUUAAGGAAUAUAGUCAUCCCCGCCGAUAAGACGUCAGCUCAACCGGAGUCGAGGCUUUACGGCGAGCAAAAUAUGGACGCCGGCUCAACCGGAGUCAAAGGCUCAACAAUUAGAAAAAUAUGUUCGUCGGCUCAGCCGGAGUCGAGGCUCUACGGCGAGCAAAAUAUAGACGUCGGCUCAACCGAAGUCGAGGCUCAACAGUGA